UUGCCCCGCCCUUUUCUGCAAGCUGCAGCCAGGGAUACUUGCAUUCACUUGCAUUGUAUGGACCAACAGAGCUGAAAAUCUUUGUUUGUGUUCUGCAGAAGAAAGAAAGUCAUACACAUCUGGAAUGGCAUGAGUUCUGAGAGUGUUCAUGGCAUCCAAGCAGCCAAUUACAGAUUCUGACACUGCUGAUGAAGCGGUCAGGUCAACCUGCGACGAUGCAUCGAUAUGUAAAAGGUUUGCAACGAGUAAAGGUUACUGGACUGACCUCUACAUUCAGUAUUUUGUCAGGCAAACAGGUGAACGCAAAGCACCUGAGAUCAACAGAGGUUAUUAUGGUCGUGUCAAAGGGAUGAAUCAUCUUCUGGAUGCUUUUCUGAAGAAGACACAAUGUGACUGUCAGGUGGUGAAUCUUGGUGCAGGACUGGAUACUACAUUUUGGAGAUUAAAGGAGGAGAACAUUAUGCCUAAAAAGUUCUUUGAAGUUGACUUCCCAAUGAUUGUUGCCAGGAAAAUACACCAUAUCAAGACAAAACCUCCACUGUCAAAACCUUUGAUUGAAACCCACUCCACUGAUUCACUCCUUCUGGAUGGUCACAGCCUGGAUUCAGACAGAUAUUGUAUCAUCAGUGCUGAUCUCAGGGACCUGCCAACAUUAGAGGACAAACUAAAAAAAUUCCAGCUAAAUCCAGAUUUGCCCACUCUGUUUCUGUCAGAAUGUGUACUGGUGUACAUGACACCUGAGCAGUCCUCCAAACUGUUGCACUGGAUUUCAGACACCUUCCACACCGCGAUGUUCGUUAACUACGAACAGGUGAACAUGGAUGAUCGUUUUGCGCAAGUCAUGAUCGAGAAUCUGCAGAGACGACAGUGCAAUCUGGCUGGGGUGGAUGUGUGUCAGUCGCUGGACUCUCAAAAAGAACGCUUUCUGUCGACAGGCUGGGAAAGUGUGAAUGCCCUGGACAUGAUGACAGUCUAUAGCAUGCUUCCUCAGGAAGACGUAGCCAGAAUUGAAGGUCUGGAGUUUUUAGAUGAAAAGGAACUUCUGCAACAGCUUCUACAACACUACUGCAUCUGCUGGGCAUUAAAAGAUAAGCUCAAUUUAGGCUGGUGGAUGAUAAGCUAUUUCCUGAACCCGUCACCCCUGAAACAAUGCUCUCUACCACUGCAAUUGUUAAGUGUAUUUUUUCAAACCACUGGGAGUGAUGAAGGGGGAGACUGACGGCCCGCCUUACCCCCAC